AAAACAACACAAUCACAAUAACUCUAUCCAUCUUUCAAAAUGGGUUGCGGAUCAAGCAAGAACGCUCACCCCGUGGAAUCAUCAGAGAACGCGAGACCAACGCAAACUUCAGGUGCUGUGGCGUCACAGGGCAAUGCCAACAAUGCGCCAGUGCAACGUCAUGACCAGGCGAGCGCUGCUGGGGCGGGCAGGACUGAGAAGGCACGGAGGCAUCCGGAUAACCCGGUGGUCUAUUUCGAUGUUGCUAUUGGAGGACAACCCGCCGGCCGCAUUCAGCUAGAACUGUUCCUAGAUGUUGUUCCAGCAACAUCAGAGAACUUCCGCAGGUUCUGCACAGGAGAAUUCCAAGGCGGCGGAUACAAAGGAAGCACCUUCCACCGUGUGAUCCCCAACUUCAUGAUCCAGGGCGGCGAUUUCAUGCGAGGUGACGGAACAGGCAGCGCCAGCAUCUUCGGGGGCGAGUCUUUCGACGAUGAAAACUUUGAGCUCCGACACACGCACCCAGGUCUACUGAGCAUGGCAAACUCCGGCCCAAAUACGAAUGGAUCUCAGUUCUUCAUCUUGACCGCUGCGACACCGCAUCUGGACAGAAAGCACGUGGUUUUUGGCGAGGUUCUUGAUGGCAUGGAUGUUGUGAGGAGGAUCGAGGGAACGAAAACUGGAGCCGGAGAUAGGCCUCUGAAGGAGGUGGUGAUUACGAGGUCUGGGCAGCUUUCGGGGGCUAGCAUGUCGUGAAGAGUUUAAGGAGUUUAGAGAGGAUCAGGUAUGGUAGUAUAUGAAAUUAGUUCUUUUCGUUUUGAUAGCGGUAGGAAUAUGAUGUUAGUAUAAUAGGCACGGGGCGGGCUAGCACACAGGCAA